AUGCGCCGACCUGUGUCACCAUCGACAUUCGAAGUUGCUGAAGACAAUGAGGAAUUGAUUCACCUCACCAGUUCAGAUGGAAUGAUCGAGAAACAAAAGUUUACGCAUUUGAACAAGCGUUCUAAAGCGGCAUUAUCCUUUUCGCGAAUUUACUCCGUCGCUUUACAUUUUCUCGCCGUUGGAUUGGCAGUGUCGCUCUGGAGCAGAAACAGACACUCACGUGGCAUUUUGCCAGCGCAAGGACGCAGCUGGUCCCCUGUGAAUGACCUCGUCCAGUACGAGCUUAAUAGCGAACAUCCCGUCGAUCACGACAAGCACAGCCAGUAUGCCGGACCACCCGCCAAAGACAACGACGCGGCGUGGGAUUCCCUAAUGCGACCCGUCCAUUUCAAUGCGACUCGCGAGGAACUUGAGAGAGCGGGUGAAUCGAUGUCAAAUAUUGCAGAGCUGGAGGGAGGAGGAUAUCCCGCAAGUCUUGGUGUCUACCACGAACUUCAUUGCGUGAGACAAAUGCGAUUCUAUCUAUACCAGGAGCAUUAUUAUCCCAACCUCACCGAAGCGCAGCAUGAAUAUCUCCGCGGCCACCUCGGUAUGCCAUCCACGCCGGAUUUUAUUCCAGUAUGA